AUGCCGGUCACCAAAGCCCAUCCUUCCCUGGUUCAAAAUCGCUACGUCGUUCUCGGUGCCGCGUGUAUGGUCCUGUUCAUUGGCAUUGGGACGGUCAAUACUUUCGGCAUUUUCGAAGAGCACUACACGAACCACACUCUGCGCAAUGAACCACCUGAGCGGAUUAUUGUCAUAGGCUCCACAGCCGCCUCGCUCUAUAUGAUCCUCGGUGUCUUUGCUGGUCGUGCCGCCGACUUGAUCGGGUAUCGCCCGUGCGUCUUUAUUGGGUCCGUGCUGAUGGCUGGAGCCAACUUCGCCGCCUCUAUAUCCACUACCUAUGCACAGCUUUUGGCCAGCCAAGGCGUCAUGUUCGGUCUCGGCCUUGCCUUCGCGUAUCUUCCCGCCGUCUCGAUCAGCCGAGCGCUCUUCCCAGGCUCUCACGGCGUGGCAAAUGGCGUCGUGGUUUCCGGGGGCGCUGUGGGAGGUACCGCCUUACCGUACGUCGUCCGGACACUGAUUGCUUCACGCGGGCUGGGAGAGUCCUUCCGCAUCCUCGGAUACAUCUCAGUAGCUGCGCUGGCGCCGGCCUGCCUUCUCCUGCGUCCUCCCACACCCACCGUUCCGAUCUGGAAGCGCCAGGCCGUCAAUGGCCGCCGUCCACCUAUCUUCGAUCUGUCGCUCUUCCGCGACGCUCGAUUUACAUCGCUCCUUACCGCUUGCGCAGUCGCUAUGUUCGGUUUUCUCCCGCGCUACUUCCUCCUACCCUCGUCGGCGAUCGCCCGCGGAAUCUCGCCCACCUUCACCGCCUGGCUACUUGGUCUGAUGAAUGGCCUUUCAAUCAUCGGCCGUGUUGGGGUCGGAUGGUAUGCAGAUCGCUAUGGCAAGGUAUCAGCAUUAAAUCUCAGUUUCAUACUCUGCGGAGCAGGGCACUUGGCGUUCUGGUUGCCCGGCGUGAUGGUGCCGCACGCGCAGGGACAGACAACGAUCACGGCCUUGUUCACAUCCUUCGUCGUCUAUUCGGGCAUUUUCGGCAGUGGCUUCAUCGCAUUGUUCCCAGUAGUGGUCGCGCAUCUGUUCGGCGCGGAAAACCUGGCGAGUAAGCAGGGUUUGCUGAACACGGUGGUCGGCGUUGGUGUGUUAGCAGGUCCCAGCGCGGCUUAUGCUGUUGUUGGGGUCGGAGAAGGGAGGCGAUGGGAGCUUGGAAUAGUCAUGGCCGGCUCCUUCAUGCUAUGCGGUGGCUUGCUGUUGUGGGUACUUCUCUCCCGACCACUAAAGCUGGCGGAGAGGACGAGGAGAACGAGCGUUUGA